GGUGCAGGGCCAGGAAUCCCGGAAGUCCCGGGGUCGUUUCCGGGUGUCUGGGGCCGUCACUCAGUUGCUGUUGGGAGGACUCUUGGGUCACAUUGCCGAACCUUGAACAUGGGAGCGGUUGUAUUUUUGUCCUUCCUGGCGACCAGAGAUCUGUUGCCGACAUACAUUGUGGCACUACAGUAACUUCCCAAUACUGCUUUCACUGAAGAUGGCUAGAGAGUCGAGGGCCAGCACAGCCCCAGCCAACCACACUAUAGAGGAUUACAUGGGACUUCAGAUCAAAAAGGUGGAGGACAAAGACGCCUCCUCCUUUGCAAAGAAGGUCCACUUGCCAGGCAGUGGUGCCCAGGGUCUUGAGCAUUGUCGCCAGCGCUUCCGUGCUUUCUGCUACCCCAAGACUGCAGGCCCUGCACAGGCACUGGGCCAGCUGCGGGAGCUCUGCAGACAGUGGCUUCGACCAGACCUGCGCAGCAAGGAGCAGAUCCUGGAACUGCUGGUGCUGGAGCAGUUUCUGACCAUCCUGCCGGGGGACCUGCAGGGCUGGGUGCGGGAACAGCGCCCAGAGAGUGGGGCAGAGGUGGUGGUGCUGCUGGAGUAUUUGGAGAGGCAGCUGGAUGAGCCCAUGCCGCAGGUCCCAGAUGGUGAUCAAGAGCAAGAACUGCUCUGUUCCAAAGUGGUCCCAUUUGCAACUGCCCAGGGCUCACAUAAUAGCCAGUGGAAGCCUAUGAACUCUGCACGUAAGAAUGAAUCUUUGGAAUCCCAACCCAUACAAGACAAAGUUUUCCACCAAGGCUGUGGAGAAGAACCAAUGAUCUCUGCCAGAUUCACUCCAGAGUCCCAGGGAUUGGUGAAAAUGGAAGAUGCCAUGACCCUGUCCCCUGCAUGGGUUCACCAGGAUUCAUCUCAGAUGAACCCCUACAGAGAUGAAAGGCAGAAUUGUGGCAGCCACAUCUCCCUGGGUCAGGAAAUGCAGGUAAAGACCAAUGAAGUGACUGCAUGUGAAAAACAUUCAGAAGAGCCUGGAUCCCUGUGUGAGAAAAUACAGAUAAAGAUCAGUAAUGUUACUGCAUGUGAAAAACCUUCAGAAGAAGAGCCUGGACCCCUGCGUGAGGACAUUGCCCAGACUUCUGUAUGCAAGCAGGAGAGCAGAUUACAAAGAACACAGGAAAGUGCCACAGAGAACAGGCGGCACAUUUGCCAUGAAUGUGGAAAGAGAUUAUCUCAGAGUGCAGACCUGAAUGACAAGAGAAGCCACACUGGAGAAAAGAGCUACCAGUGUGAGGAGUGCGGAAAAGCCUUCAGUAUGAGCUCCGUCCACAUCACUCCUCAGCGAGUUCACACUGGUGAGAGGCGGUAUGUGUGUAACGAAUGCGGCAGGGCCUUCGGUCAUAAGUCUGUCCUUAUCAAACACCAGAGAACCCACACUGGGGAGAGGCCCUAUGAGUGUGACAACUGCGGGAAAACCUUUACCCGGAGCUAUAGCCUCAUUGACCAUCACAGAAUUCACACUGGGGAGAAGCCAUACCCGUGUGUCAUGUGUGGCAAAGCCUUUAGGCGUCGUACACAUCUCCGGAGCCAUCAGAGGAUCCAUACUGGGGCUAAAAAUGUUUGUGAGCCUGACUAGGAAGGUCAGGGCAGAAUGGAGGGCCAAUGGGGAAAUAUUGCAAAUCCAGAGUCUUAUAAAUGUAAUGUGUGUGAGAGAAGUUUCUCUCAGAAUACAGGCCUUAUUAAACAUCAGAAAGUCCACACUGGUGAGAAACCCUACCAGUGUGACACAUGUGGAAAAGGGUUUACUCGAACACGUAAGCUGGAUUAUCACCAGAGAAGCCACCUAGGGAGGACUUCUGUCACACUGACCUGUGCAAUACAUGAAAAGAAGUAGAAACAGACAUUUCAGAGACAUAGAUGUUGCCCAUUUUUGCUCAAUGAUUAUUCACUUUCCCACCCAUUCUGCAUAGCAAAUUGCACAAAACCUGUCCUGUGUAUGGUCGCACUUCCCUCAGGAAAAUGAAUUCAUACCAAAUAUAUAAAACAAGUAUUACUUUUGGUUUCAGACUCUUAAUAUUAAUUUGCAGUCAUGGUCUUCAAAUUAUUUGACUCCAAAAAUAAUGUGUGGGGCUGGGCAUGUUGCUCAGAUAGUACAUUGGCUAUUAAACGUGGCAACAGUUCCUUAAUUAUUCACACUGAGAACUUC